AUGCAGCCCCCAGCGGUUCUGCCGACGUCAAUUGUGGUGCCAGACUUCAUACUUCGCACGUCGUCAUAUCUGUGGUAUUACUUCCAAAAUGUUGUACGUGCGAUCCCUGGAAGCCAUUAUGUAGUGGAUUACAUUAAACGGUCGCACCAACAUGACCCAUACCGGACCAUGGUAGAGAUUUUUUUGAUUAUUUAUGGGAUCGUGUAUUUUCUUCGGAAACCUCGGAAACAAGGCUUCCAGGCAGGUCCAAAACUUACCGACAAAGAGAUCAAUGCUUUGCUGGACGAAUGGCAGCCUGAACCAGUGACACAGAGUAGUUCCAAAGUUGAAUGGCGUACAGAAAAAAUUCCCGUGAUUUCGACAUCCAGCUCGAACAACUACAUUGACUUGACGCGUAAUGACGGUGCCGAACAAUACGAGAACGUUUUGAACUGCUGUUCAAACAAUUUUUUGCAAAUUUCUAGUGAGCCGGGCGUUUUGGAAGUCGCCAAAAACUCUAUCCACAAGUACGGCGUUGGAGCCUGCGGUCCCGCAGGUUUUUAUGGUAAUCUAGACGUGCAUACCCAUCUCGAAUAUGAUCUAGCCAGGUUCUUCAACACUGAAAACGCCGUGCUGUACGGUCAAGAUUUCUGUAUUGCCACCUCUGUCAUCCCUGCGUUCACUAAGCGUGGUGAUGUCAUUGUUGCAGACGACAGGUGUAGCGUUUCCAUUCAGAACGCUCUGCAGUUGAGUCGUUCCACUGUCUACUACUAUAAUCAUAACGAUAUGGAUGCUUUAGAGGAUUUGCUGCAGCAAUUGCAAGAGCGGGAGCUUCAAGACAAAUUGCCAGCUUUGCCAAGAAAAUUCAUCGUCACUGAGGGUCUUUUCCAUAAUUUAGGUGACAUCCCACCGCUACCUAAACUCGUGGAGCUGAAAAACAAGUAUAAGUUCAGACUUCUCGUAGACGAGACAUUCUCACUGGGCGUGUUGGGGUCCACUGGUCGUGGUAUCACCGAGCAUUUCAACCUCGAUCGUCAAAGCUCGGUUGAUAUCACCAUUGGGUCUUUGGCCACUGCCUUGGGUUCGUCAGGCGGGUUUGUGCUUGGCGACUCCGUGAUGUCUUUGCACCAGAGAAUUGGAUCACACGCUUACACUUUUUCCGCCUCGCUCCCAUCUUUCACGGUCACAGUUGGAUCUGAAGUUUUAAAACGUAUGGAAAAGGAUAACUCCACGGUUCAAAGGUUACGUCAAUUGUCGAACAAUAUGCAUCAAUAUUUCCGUGACGAUGAGAAGCUUAAAGAGAUUAUUGAGGUCACUUCAGAUAACGAUUCUAGUGUUUUGCAUUUGAGACUAUCGGAAGACCUACGGUUCAAAAAAUUUCAUUACACAGAAGAGUCAUUGUACAAGGAAAUCAGCGCCAUGCAUAGCAAAUACCUGACCGACAAACACAUUGACUAUUAUGAAGCGGAAGAAAAGUUACUUCAAGAGAUCGUUGACUAUGCAUUGAAAGAGUACAGCGUCUUGAUUAGCCGCAACACCUUCGUUCUCAAGCACGAGACCCUGCCAAUUGUUCCAAGCUUGAAAGUAUGCUGCUCUUCUAAGAUGAGCGAUCAAGAACUUUCCCGUGCUUGCGAAAGUAUCAAAAUGGCUAUUAUAAACGUUGUAAAUCAAGAUAGUUGA